AAGUGCGGCACGAUUUUGUGAAUGGCCAAAACACAAGCCUCAUUUGCUCUGCAAGAUCGAAGCUAUAGAAACAAAUUGAACGUUCAACUCGAAAACAUGAAUCCCCUGGAUAAGAUACAUGCACUGGACGAGAUUGAGAAAGAUAUUAUACUUUGCAUGCAGAGUGCAGGGCAAGCGCUGCAAGAGCUCGGCAAGGAAAAGUCAUCGCAGAAGAGUGCCGAGACGCAGUCUCAGCAAUUUCUAAAAAGCCUGUCUAGCGUUGAGUCGAAGCUCUCGGAACAAAUCAACUAUCUCACACAAGUUUCUACCGGCCAGCCGCACGAGGGUUCCGGCUAUGCUUCUGCCAAGGUGUUGCAAAUGGCCUGGCAUCGCAUACAACACGCACGCUCUCGCGUACGUGAGCUGGAAGAGACCAAGGCCAAGCACUCUCAUGCGGCCAGGCAGCAACAGAAGCGACAGCAGGAACAUGCUGCCGCACAGCAACAACAACAACAGCAGGCAGCUGCAGCCGCAGCUCAACAACAACAGCAACAGGCAGCCGGCGGCGGCGUCUGCGGCUCGGGAGCUGCAGCUGAUGGCGCUGGAGCUGGCAGCGGUAAUACGGCUAGUGGCAGUAAUGCAGCCAGCAUAGCCGCCGAAUUGGGCGGUGGCCUGCCACCGAACUGAUAGCAUAUUCCGAUUAAAUUAAGGAUAUUUUUUGUACCCAUUAAACUUAAGUUACGUUUUUAAUA